AUGCCACGACUGUUCGGUGCACGGCGGCUCUUCCUGGGCGGAAAGAAUAGGUUCACCCUCUGCAAUGCCAUUUAUCUGCUCCUCCUGGGCACCCUAUCACUUACGGUGAUGCUGCAGAGGUACCGGGACUUGGAGCCGGAAGAGGUCGAGGCCGAUGAUCCCCCAUCUCCCCGGAUAUUUUGCAUCAUUUCCACCUAUGAGUUUCGCCAUGAACACACCGCCAUCCACAUCCACCGCACUUGGGCCAAGCAUUGUGAUCACUAUCUGUUCGUCAGCGAUAAUGUGCACAAACAUUUGGAGCCGGCAGCGUUUAUGAACCUUUACAACAAGUGGCUCCGGCUGAGAGCCCAUCUGGAAUACGUCUACAAGAACCACUUUCAUCAAGGGGACUGGUUUCUCUACGCCAACGAUGACAAUUUCGUAGUUAUAGAGAAUCUCCGGAAAAUGCUUGUGUCGUACACUCCCAACGAGCUUAUCUAUUUCGGAUGCAAACUUCGAACUCCGAAUGGCCUGGUCUUCAUGUAUGAGGGCUCUGGGAUCGUCUUCAGUAGAGCUGCUCUCAAACGAUUUGCCCUCGCAGCCCUGACCAACGAAAGCAUCUGCAGCUCGGAGCCGAAAGGAAAUGAUUUCACCGAGGAACUGGGUCGGUGUCUCACCAAUGUCAAUGUGAUGGCCGGAGACAGUCGAGAUGAGAUGCAAGGGCAUCGAUUCCUGCCGUUUGAGGCAGACCUUCACUUGGGAGGUCAAAUGAAUGAGUCCAGAGCUGAGCACAAGUAUUAUCUGGACCAUUCAUACUACCCAGUGAUUGAUAUGAAACUGCCAGUUUCCUUACAAUCUAUAUGCUUCCACAUGCAGGCCAUAAUGAACACAUAUGACCACUACUACUUUGCAUAUAAAGUUCGAAUUUUUGGGGCGCCACUAGACUUGCCCUCUGAAAAUAAGGACAUUGGAAAGAAAAUAAAUCUCAUAAAUGUACGGAAUAAGCAGGUGUUGUUAGGUUGA